GCGGCGCAGUCAGCGCGGCGGCCGGCAGCGCGGGCGGCUCUGCGCGCCCCGGACCCGCGUCCCCGGCGGAGGCCGAGAGCUCGGGGUGCAUCCUCCGCCGCGCCCGCCGGCCCUUCAUGCUGCUCACCUGAAUCGGAGACAUGGGCACCGGGGAUUGUAUCUGCAUCUCCAUGACUGGGGGAGCCCCCUGGGGCUUCCGAUUGCAAGGUGGCCGGGAGCAGAAGCAGCCCUUGCAUGUUGCCAAGAUUCGAAGCCAGAGCAAGGCCUCUGGGUCUGGACUGUGUGAGGGGGAUGAGGUGGUAUCUAUCAACGGCAACCUGUGUGCAGACCUCACCUACUCAGAAGUCAUCAAACUCAUGGAGAGCAUCACUGACUGUCUCCAGAUGCUCAUCAAAAGACCAUCCAGUGAAAUAAAUGAGGCUGUGGUCUCUGAAACAGGAAACACAAACCAUGAGCACCUGACGCAUGAAGGGUAUGAGGAAAGUACCACCCUACAAAUUCGACCGGCCACAGAGACCCAGUACAGGGAGUUCUCCUUCGCCAAGAGCGGAGCUCCUCUAGCUGAAGACCAAAGAAGUGACUCUGAUUGUGCAGGAAAUGUAAAAGAAGAAACAGGCCCCAGUUAUCAGACAGCUCCCCACACGCUCGACUCCCGAGAAGGAUCUCUGGUAGAAGAGGUCAUCUUCAGAGAAAAGCCAGAAGCAGGGCGGCCAGGCGCCGCUGUGGUGGAGCUGCAACUGUCCCUGCCACAGGAGGGGCACAAGGACACCGGCUGCCCCGCAGUAGCUCUCCUGGGAGCUGAGAAGCCUGCGUCUGCUGACCCUGACCCGGGCCCUAGCUCGCAGCACGACAGGGUUGUCCUCAUAAAUUCUGCCCCUGCUGAUGAGACAGCAGACCCUGCUCGGAGGUCCAGCAAGAUUCUCCAAGUCUCCAGCGGCAGGGAGCUGAGAGUGAUCCAGGACAGCGGAGCAGCAGCCGCGGGGCUGCCCCGGGUGGAAGUGAUCCUCGACUGCUCUGACGAGCAGAAGACUGAAGGGUGCAGGCUGCAGGCAGCAAAGUGGUGUGUGGCUCCUCCAGGGGAAGGAGGGCAGUCCGAAGCACCUCCUUCUCUGGUCUCCUUUGCCGUCUCAUCAGAAGGCACAGAGCAGGGGGAAGAUCCACGCUGGGAAAAGGAUCACAGCAGACCACACAAGCACAGAGCCAGGCACGCACGUCUCAGGAGGAGUGAGAGCCUGUCAGAGAAGCAGGUGAAAGAAGCAAAAUCUAAAUGUAAGAGCAUCGCCCUCCUCCUCACGGAUGCCCCCAACCCCAACUCCAAGGGGGUGUUGAUGUUUAAGAAGCGCCGUCGGAGGGCCAGGAAGUACACCCUCAUCAGCUACGGUACUGGCGAGCUUGAAAGAGAGGCAGACGAGGAGGAGGAGGAGGAGGAGGAGGAAGGCGACAGAGAGGAGAAGUGUCAAGGGGCAUUUCUUGGCACAAGUGAGUCCGAAGUGGAUGAAGAGUUGCUGUCUGACACUGACGACAACGCCCAAGUAGUGAACUUUGACUGGGAUUCUGGACUGGUGGACAUUGAGAAGAAACUGAACCGAGAGGACAAGAUGGAGAUGUUGCCAGACACCACAGGAAAAGGAGCCCUCAUGUUUGCCAAGAGGAGGGAGAGAAUGGAUCAGAUCACAGCCCAGAAGGAAGAGGAAAGGGUGGUUGGAAUGCCAGGCAGAGAAGUAGACCUUGCUCAGACAGAUGGCCUGAGAACCACGAGCUCUUACCAAAAGAAAGAAGAGGAAUCGGUGAAAAUGCAGACCUCUGUGAGCAGAAGCUACAUCCAGCUGAGCCACAGUCCGGGCCAUGCCCCCCAACAGAAUGGCUUCAGUGGAGGGUCCGAGAUAGCAGAGGCCCAGAGGCUGACCCCGAUGAACAGAACCGCCAAACCCUUCCCAGGCUCUGCAACCCAGCCAGUAGCUCCCUUCUCCCCGACCCACAACGUCCCAAGUCCUGCCUCGGACUUCCCCGCUCCUCCACCUUAUUCUGCAGUCACUCCUCCACCCGACGCCUUCUCCAGAGGGGUAACAAGUCCCAUCGCUGGCCCAGCACAGCCCCCUCCAUGGCCACAGCCUGCUCCGUGGUCCCAGCCAGCCUUUUAUGAUGCCUCUGAGAGGAUAGCAUCCCGGGAUGAAAGGAUUGCAGUGCCGGCCAAAAGAACAGGGAUAUUGCAGGAAGCCAAAAGGAGAAGCACCACAAAACCCAUGUUCACGUUUAAAGAGCCCAAAGUAAGCCCAAAUCCUGAACUCUUAUCACUUCUUCAAAAUUCAGAAGGCAAACGGGGCACUGGAGCUGGGGGCGACUCCGGACCCGAAGAAGACUACCUCAGUUUAGGAGCAGAGGCUUGUAAUUUCAUGCAAAGUUCCUCUGCUAAGCUAAAGACCCCACCUCCUGUUGCUCCAAAACCUGCAGUCAAGUCCUCAUCCUCGCAGCCAGUUACCCCAGUUUCUCCAGUCUGGUCUCCAGGAGUGGCUACCAACCAACCUCCUGCCUUCCCUGUAUCAAACCCAUCACAGGGCACAGUGGUGUCCUCCAUCAAAAUAGCCCAGCCUUCCUGUCCUCCUGCCCGGCCUGCAAGUGCGCUGAAUCUGUCUGGUACCUUCAAAGGACGACCAGUAGCAGUGGCUGGUCAGAAUUACAGCCCCAAGCCCACAGCAAUGACACCAACAGUCAAUGCUGCUCAUGCUGGUGCAACGGGACCAUCCAACGAGCUUCCCGGAAUGAGCGGGAAAGGAGCCCAGCUCUUUGCUAAGAGGCAGUCGAGAAUGGAGAAGUACGUGGUGGAUUCCGACACCGUCCAGGCCCACGCUGCCCGGGCUCAGUCUCCUACUCCAUCCCUACCUGCCAGUUGGAAGUAUUCCUCCAACGUCCGAGCACCUCCUCCUGUGGCCUACAAUCCUAUCCACUCUCCCUCCUACCCACUGGCUGCUGUCAAGUCUCAGUCAUCAGGGCCACAGGCUGCCAAAGUGAGCAAGAAAAAGGGCAAGAAACCCCUCAACGCCUUGGAUGUCAUGAAGCACCAGCCGUAUCAGCUCAACGCAUCCUUGUUUACUUUCCAACCUCCAGAUGCAAAGGAUGGCCUUCCCCCCAAGGCAGCAGUCAAGGUCAAUUCAGCCCCAGCUGUGAAGCAAGCUCUUCCUUCCCGGCCAGUGAAUGCCACCUCACCCACAAAUGUGCGGGCUUCAUCUGUGUACUCAGUGCCAGCCUACAGCUCUCAGCCCACCUUCUUUGCAGAGGCCACCUCCCCAGUCAGCGCAUCCCCAGUGCCUGUGAGUGUGCCCACUUCUCCGAAGCAAGAACCUGCCUCUUCAUCUUAUUUUGUGGCACCAAGGCCGAAGUUCUCAGCCAAGAAAAGUGGUAUCACAAUCCAGGAGACUGGGCGCUCCUUGUCUCUUCCGGGAAGACCUGUCCCACCCAUCAUGUCUACGGCAUCUCCUUGGAUGUUCCAGCCGGCUUAUAAUUACUCCAGAAAACCAGCAGAUGGGCUGGAGCAAGCCAACAGAAGACCAACACCUUGGGAAGCAGCGGCAAGGUCUCCCCUUGGUCUAGUGGAUGAUGCCUUCAGACCCAGGAGCAUCCAAGAGUCCAUUGUGGCCAAUGUGGUCUCAGCAGCUCGGAGGAAGGUGCUUCGGGGGUCCCCAGAGGUUUGGAAUGAGAAACUGUCUUAUGUUCCUCAAACGCAGAGGGCCAAUAUGGACUCAUUUGAAAGGCAAGAGUAUCAUGUUACCUCUGUAGCCAGUAAUAACAUGCCCACCAACUCUCAAUAUGGUGUGCAGUUGCCAUACACAUAUCAUAGGCAGGCUUCUAGAAAUGAUUCUGAAAUAAUGUCCCUGGAGACUAGGUCUGAUUAUUGCCUUCCGGUAACAGAUUGCAACUAUAAUCCACACCCCAGGGGCUGGAGACGCCAAACAUGAAAGCUAGAACUAAUUGCGUGACAAUUGUGAUUUUUUAAAAAAAGCUGUUGUGUAGACAUUUCUUCUUUUCUAAUAGAUCUAGAUUCACUUUUGGUCUUGGCUGGUUCUCAUGGUCAUUUAUCUGGGCCUGUGUGUGUAUUUAUGUAUAUGCACACACAAGUGUGAACAAGUUCCUUGUCUGCAGAUGAACAGAGUAUUUCUUGAAAGAAAAAAUUCAUUUUCUGCAUUGAUAAUGUGAAAAAUGCAAUUCAAAAUUUUACUUCUAUUUAUAAGGGAAAGCUUAUGCAACCAGUCUCUGCUCAAUUAAAGUGAAACUCUGCCUUAUCCCAGGAAUAAAUUAAUUAAAAUAUGUAUGUUAAUUAACAUUAGCUGUAAUAGCAAGGAUUUAAACAUUAGGGACAUUUUUAAUGAGACUAUCAAUAAGUAAUGGUUAUAUUGAAAAGUACUGCAUUGGUGUUUUAAUAUUUCUCUGAAACAAUUUUAAAGUUAACAAAAUUCAGAUUUUUUAAAAAAAUAGCUGAAAUAUAAAAAUUCUUAGAAAGAAAUGUAGAAGAGAAAAAUUAUGACACAUUUCAGAUGGACUUUGCAGUAAAUGGUGUAAAGUGUGGGAAACAGAAAGAUUUAGAUAUCGGGUUUAUUUCUAACCUAUUUAAAGCCAGCAGACAGGAACAGACUCUGGGUUCAGUUGUUCUCAUUUGUCAGAUGAGAAGAUUGGAUUAUCUAAUCUCUUAGACCUUUAACAACGCUGAUAUUAUGAGAUUCUGUCAUUAAGAGAAUGAGCUUUGAUAUGUUACUCAUUUUGAUUGCUCAUCAUAUAAAUACCAGAUUAAGUUUAGGGGUGGAUUAGAUAAUUAAUGUUAAUACACACAUCAUUAAAGGUCUCAAGAGGAAUUUCUGGGUGACAGGAUUUGGGUUACGUGUUUGUGGAGUGAGAGUUGAUGUGAAGGAAAAAAAGCUAUUGAUGGAUUUAAGGAAGUGGUAAAUGAAUAUGCCUAUUAUGCAGCUAGAAGUCAUGACCAUUUCUUUGGUUCCAAAAAGCAUGCCACAGAAGCCUAUGUAACAAGUGGUGCUUCUUUAGGAACUUGCCAUUAGAAUGUUCAAAGGAAGUUAGACAGCUGCUUCACCCAUCCCAUGACCCAGGUCUUGGUAGCAUGACCAGGAACCGGCACCUCAAACACCUGCUCCUUACCGUCACACCCACAAAGUGUUACAUACAAGGAAACCCGACAUAGUGUACAUCUUAAGCAAGUAUCUAGAAUAUUUUAAAAUUUUAAAUAUCUUGAGUAUUCAAAACUUCCUUAGCUUUUUAUAUGUGAUAACUUUGCUUUGUCUUCUUUUGUGUGUUAAUUCUUGAACUUACCAUCGUGGUCUCAUAUGAUGAUGGUCACUUUUAUGAAUUAAAUUUACCAAAAAGUCAGUAUAAAAAUGAUCCCUUACAUUGCAAGUAAAAAAAUAAAUUGAAGAAAUCACACACAGUAAGUUGUAUCAAUGGUAAAACUGACCAGAAACUAAUUUGUUCAUUUAUACAGAAAAUAAAAGAUGAAUACUUUCUAAAGUUUUAUUGUUAAACUAUCUUAAAUUGACAUAGUGUUAAUUCUCUCCAAAUAUAAUUAUUGGCACCCAAAAAUUUUUGUGGAAUUAAAAAAUAAUGUCUGAUGUAGAUAUAUAUAUUAGUGUCAGCAAAUUUUCAAGACAGCCUCCCAUAAAAUCCCUACUUAAGUUAAAAUUAUUAUAGUGGCUGAAUCAUUCUGGAUUUGAAUAUUUUAAGAGGAGUUUAGCAGAAAAAACUUUACUUGCGUGGCCAUAUUCUACUGUGUUGUUUUCUAAGCGCUAGGUUUUAUUUACAUCAAUUGACAUAUAUAUUAUCUUAUUUACUGAAAUUCACUACACUCAAAAUAGAAGCAGAUUUUUUGAAAAACACUUAGAUAUUAUAGUGUUCUUCCUCCUCACCUGCACUAUGCCAUAAUUAGCAUUUGUACUGAGCUAUCUAAAUUUAUCCUAAAAUAUUGAGAAAAACACAAGAGAUCACAGGAAAGUUGUACAUGUUUCACUUACAAGGAUAUGAACAUCUCAUCUUUUUAUUAAAAAUCAGUGCUCCAAGAGGUCCCACUUUAGCAGGACGUGGUGGCACACACCUGUAAUUCCAGCUAUUCAGGAGGCUGAGGCAGGAAGAUUGUAAAUUGGACCCCAACCUGCGCUGCUUAGUAAGACCCUGUCUCCGAAUUUAAAAGAGAAUGAAAAUUUAAAGGGCUGGGGUUAUAGCUUAGCAUAGAGAGCCCCUAGCUUCAAUCUCUACUACCACCACACACAAAAAACCCCCUCUACUUUACAGAUAUAUAACAGUUCUGAAAGUAAAUGUUUCAUUCUCAAAUCAUCACAAAGUACAGUGUAUACUUUUCUCCAAUCUACUUGGAAAUGAUAGUUACAAUGCUUUCAUUUAACCUAAUACUUGACAUAGGAUCCCUUCCACACUGAGAUUCAGUUCUUAAGGGUAAGAAGAUUUAAGUAACUGUUGUUCCCAGAAAAAUAAAAUGACCUGUCCCUUUUUACAAAUGAUAGUGCUUGCAGAGAGGAGUUGAUAUUUUGUAAAUACAAACCACGUUUUUUGGUAAAACAUCUUUCAAGAGUAGCAGUCACAUAGGUGACAAGAGUUUGUCUUUUACUAUGUUUUUAAAGCUCUAAAACUAGGAUAUGUCAGUUGCAGAGACACUAAUUUGGCAUUUUUCCUCCAUCUUGAGUUUAAAUAGCAUAUCACUACAUGUAUGUAAAGUGUCUUUUUCUGGUGAAUUAAAAUUUGUCUUGUAUUUUGAGUUUUAUAAGUGCACAAUUUCUAGUCCAUCUUUGAAUGUAUUUCUUACAUCUAACAUUGUGGCACCAUCACAUACAUUGAAAAAGUUUUAACAAUAUAAAUAUACGUAAUGAUUUAAAACUUUGGAUAAAUAUGGCAUCAAAUAGUCUUAAUAAACAGGAAUUACGGAGACGUUUGUUUUAAACAAAAAGUAGAUUUCCACACUUGAUUCUAUUCAAACCAGAACUGACUACACUGUUCACACUUUUCUAUUUUAAAAAGACUGUGUUCUCAUGCUAAUCAGAUGGUUUUGCACCUCUUUUUAUCCCCAAAGACUGUAUUUGAAAGAUUGUACUGAAAAUCAAAAUCGUAUUAGUAAUAAAUGUGACUUGAACAUCAGAA